AUGCAGAAUUUCCGGUAUCCCAGUGACACUUUGUACCCCGGACCUCAGUCUGAGGACACAAUCACUAUCCUCCGGGCUGAUUACGAAAGCCUCGUCAGAACCGCUCAGAAUCACGCCGAACUCUGCCGCUGCCUUCUCAAUGCCCAGAUUGAAGAUGCUGGAGUCGUCCAGGCUCUCAAUGCAUGCGUAAGCUCGCAGUCAACUCAAUGCUCAACCGCCGCCCCUAAGAAGCACGUCUACAAUGCGAACGCUUUGAGCUUCGAGCCUGCCUCUCACGACUCCGAUACGAGUUCAAUCACAACGUCGACCAGCUCUUUGGUAGCCCACGCUGCCCAACACGGCAUCUACCCGUUUCCUGCACCCCAAUCUGUCAUACGCAGCCAAUGCAGAAGCGAUAUUGGGAGCAGCAUGACAUACGACUCUUUCGAGACUUCCAGCGUGGUAUUGGAUGAUAACUAUGACGACGACGAAGCAGCCAGUGAUGUGCUUGAUCACACACCCACCGGCCUCAACUUCCCCCAAGAGCCGUCGUUUCGUUCCGUUCAGCUGCUCAACAUCCCUGAGGAUACAACCCUCGCCGACAUCACCGCCGUAGUUCGAGGCGGCAUUUUAUUUGAAGUCUCCCUCAUGCGUCGUUCUUCGACCGCAGUUGUCACUUUUGCCGAGACCAGAGAUGCCGAGGCCUACUACACCCACGUACGCAACAACUACCUCUACAUUAAAAACAGAAAAAUCGAUAUCCGCUGGUCAGAUCGCUUCCAAGUUCUCCACGACCACUUCGCCAAACGCAUCGCAAACGGCGCAACCCGCAACCUCGUCCUGCGCAACUGCAACGCCACCCACUCAGAAGCCUCCAUCCGCCACGAUCUCGAUCACAUUCACGGUCUCGAAAUCGUUUCCAUCACCUUCUACGGCGGGACGUGCCGUAUCAGCACCAAUUCCGUCCCGAGUGCCAUGUACGCGCGAACCUGCAUGAUGAGCCGGCUCAAGUACAAGAGCUCCCGCCUCGAGUGGGAUGCUGACGAAUGUGCCCAGCCGUUGCGCCAAGUGCCUGUUAUGCCUCGUCUGAAGACACCAUCUCUCGCCGCCCCAGUGCGUCGAUCCGUCUCCUCGGGCAAUCGCUUUCAGCUCCUCGCUGCUGAAGAAUGA